GAGGGGGGUCGUGUCGUAGGCAUCUGCAUCCGCAGCCUCCAUCUUUCCAUCCUUUUCUCCACCGCCGGAUCUGUGCAGAGUCAAGAUGUGAACAUGAUGUGUAUUCCUGGUUGGGAUCUUUUCUCCCUAUAGAUCAGACACCCUAAUUGCCUCAGAAACUGUCACACCCUCUUUCUCCUAUCAUCUCCCACCAUCAUUACCUAUAAUGCUGUCCUCUGCUCGGCCUUCUGUGCCCCCCCGGCCUCGUCGCUUUGACAACCACAAACGUAACAAUGUGGUGGAACCAAAGCCUGUUGGUCAGGGCAGCCGUAGGGAGGACAAAAAUAUGAACACCGCUGCCACUGCUGCUUCCUCUUCUCCAUAUCGGGCCAAUAAGGUGCCUGCUGUGUCUUCCAGGUCAAGGAAGGGUGACCAGGGCCGAACCAGUGUAGGACAGCACAAAAUAGACCAGAAAAAAAACAGCACCAUUCCAGUCAGGGCGAAACCUAAACCUAAACCUAAAAGUGGACAUUCAGUGUCUGACCCAGGUUCCCUUCCUGACCCAAAUUGUAAUGAGCCAAGCUUGCCUUGCCUGUGCUGUGAUGGGAACUCACCCCAAGACAGCAACAGUCUCUACAACCACAACUACAACAACAACAACACCAUUACCACCAGAAAGCAGCUAGAACUGCAACCAGCAAAGAAACUAAGUAGGGAUCAGACUCCUCAGAAGGCAAGGGACACAAAAAAAGCUGAAACAAAUCACAAGCAGACACAACAGCUACAACAACAACCACAAGAACAACAGCCACAAAAGCAAGAACAGCCAAACCACCCUGAAAAUGCCCAGGAGUUAGAGAAAGCAGAGGACAGUGAAGCCAUGGAACACAAUGAAGGUGAUGAUGAAGACGAUGAUGAUGACGAUGAUGACACCCUGGUACCCUCCUGCCAUGACUGCCCUCCCUCCCUCCUGGAGUUCUCCCUCACCUCCUCAACCUCCUCUUCAUCCACUUCCAUAAGUAGCUGCUCAGAUUUUGAGACAGAUGGCCCCGAUGAUCUCUUGCCCCCCUCUCAGGACCUGGCCGCCAAGCAGGUCUCACCGACUCACCCCUUGACCUCUCAGCCCCAGAUCUUCCCCCUGGAUACCCAUCUUCCUCCCCUGCCACCCCUGCCUCCCUGCUCCCCGGAUGAAGGAUACCCGUCUGCCCGCUGCUCUCCCUCCUCAGAUUUGCCAGAGGGUAAGGGAUCAUUCGUGCAAAAAUGUGAAAGACUGGAUCUUUUGAGCCUCUUGGAUUCGAUGGAUGGACUGGGCAAGAAAGACUUCUUCAAUCAAGUGGUUCAGGUGGCACGAUGGGGCCUGGAAGGUGAGCUUGAGCUGAGGGACCGACUGGAUCACCUGCAGAAACUUGAACAAGUGAACAUUCAGGUUAAGAUAGCAUACCUGGAACGGCUUGAAGAAGCUGGGCUAGACUUGAGUGAUGGGGAUCUUUCAGACAGCCUGGAUGCAUUGGCGAACAUGGAUGCUCAGUGGAAGCUGUACAAAGGGCACAAUAUUUGUGAUUCCCAGGAGUUCUCCGAUGCCGGGGUUGAUAUGACGGCUCCUUCAGACAUAGAUGAGCCCUCGCUCCCAGAUUCACUCGCCCCAUCCCCACUGCAUCCUCCCCCAAGGCCACCCAAACCGCCCACAAGACACCUGGACUCACACACAGAUGCACACACGUACGUUAACAUUAGCAUUAACAGCAACAGCCACAGCACCUCCUCUGUGACUUCCACCUCCUCUUUGACCUCUUCAUUCGGCAAGAUCUGUCCAUCUUCAUCCUCUUCCUCCUGCACAUCUGAGAGUACCAUCAUAGUACCUCCCUCACUCCCUCCCCCUCCAUUGCAGACCCUCCCCUAUUUCACAUUUUACUCCUCUAGGCCACCCCUGGCAUCACCCACACCUCCCAUCCCCCCACCCCGGAGACGGCACAAAGCUCGCAUGGAGGCAUUGCGAGCCACUGACUCUCAGGUUGAAGAAUCGCCAGUGUCCCUCCCUCCUCCAACCUCCCGCCCCCCGCCUCUUCCUCCCCCACCUCCUGCUCUUCCCUUGCCCCCAGCCAUCCCUCCCCCUCCCUCGCUGCCACCCCCUCCCUCCUUCCACACCCUGGAUGCCGAGAUCCGAAAACUUCUGGUCCUGGCCGGGCUGACCCAGGCCGAGCUGCUCAAACUGAGCCCGGAGCUGGGGGUGUGUGUGACGGGGGUACUGGAUGACGGAGAGGAUGAGGAGCUGUCUGAGAGGAAAGGGAGGGAAAAGAAGCUAGUGAAGGGGCAGAGAUAA